AUGCGGCUUUGCGCUCCAGCAAAGGACGGGGAAAAACUAACGAAGAAGCUAGGAAAUAAGCUCCGAGGCAGAAAGCCCUUGCAAAAUCCUAAGCAAAAGAUCGCAGCGACAAAAAAGGUAGAGAAUAAACCGCGACUGCUGCAAAGGAGGAAAAGGGGCGAGCCAGGGCUGCCCUGACCUUAAGUGCCCUUAGGUGGGCCCGCCCCCAGCGCCAGCCGAUUGGCUGGCACUGCAGAAGAUGAAUACUAAUGGAAAUCCCUGAGUCCCGCAGGGCUGGCGCCAGCCCCGCAAGAAUGUGGAUGGGGGCGUGAGCCCGCAACCCCCCCCCUCCUUAGUUCGGGAGUGGCUUUCUAGGACCAGUCAGACUGCUGCAUUCUGAAUCCUAUUGUUCUAGGACCAAUCAGACUGCUACAGUUUGGAUCCUAUUCAACUCAUUACAUAGCAUAAUAAUAAUUUGUUGUUUAUAUCCCGCCCAUCUGGCUGGGUUUCCCCAGCCACUUUGGGCAGCUUCCAACACAAUAUUAAAAUACAGUAAUGCAUCAAACAUUAAAAGCUUCCCUAAACAAGGCUGCCUUCAGAUGUCGUCUAAAAGUCUGGUAGUUGUUGUUCUCUUUGACAUCUGGUGGGAGGACAUUCCACAAGCCUGGCACCACUACCAAGAAGGCCCUCUGCCUGGCUCCCUGUAACUUGGCUUCUCGCAGUGAGGGAACAGCCAGAAGGCCCUCGGCACUGGACCUCAGUGUCCGGGUAGAAUGAUGGGGGUGGAGAUGCUCCUUCAGAUAUACUGGACUGAGGCCAUUUAGGGCUUUAAAGAUCAGCACCAACACUUUGAAUUGUGCUCGGAAACGUACUGGGAGCCAAUGUAGGCCUUUCAAGACCAGUGUUAUGUGGUCUCGGUGGCCGCCCCCAGUCACCAGUCUAGCUGCCGCAUUCUGGAUUAGUUGUAAUUUCUGGGUCACCUUCAAAGGUAGCCCCACAUAGAGUUCAUUGCAGUAGCCCAACUGUGGAAUACAAUGUAGUAGUGAAAUAUAUUUUUUUUAAAAAUGGCUCUUUUGGGGUUCCAGGUCCCAUGGAAACCUGUACGUGAGAAAACCCCCUUCCCUAAAUAUGCAUGAGGCAAAGGAGGUUCUUGGCAAAGAUGCAUGUCCCACACCUAUGCUGAUUUUGACUUUGGAUAGACCUGUGACUGCCUUCUUUGCAGUGGGCCCUCUACUGUGAAAUAAUCUUCACUAGAGAUAAAAUGGGUGUCAGCUCGUUCCAAUAUGCCUAUGCAUAAGCACAUUCCUGAGCACUGAUUUUUAGGACCUCUCUGAGGUCCGGCGCUGAUGGCCUUCUGGCAGUUCCCUCACUGUGAGAAGUGAAGUUACAGGGAACCAGACAAAGGGCCUUCUCGGUAGUGGCGCCCGCCCGCCCUGUGGAACGCCCUCCCAUCAGAUGUCAAGGAAAUAAGCAAUUAUCUGACUUUUAGAAGACUUCAAGGAAGUUUUUAAUGUUUUAUUGUGUUUUCAAUAUUCUGUUGAGUGGCUGGGGAAGCCCAGCCAGAUGGUUGGGGUAUAAAUAUUAUUAUUAUUAUUAUUAUUAUUAUUAUUAUUAUUAGGUUUAAAACAAGUAUUAUAUUGUCUUUUGUACUAAUCUUGUUCCGCAAAGCUCCUUGUUAUUUUAUAUGAAAGGUGCUCUAUAAAUACUAUAAUCAAUUUAAGAAAAGAUUGCAUGAAUAGGACUUAUGCUCUAGAUGAGAUGCAAACUGGCCCCAAUUUAUAAGAGCUUGAAGUGAGUGGAUCUGUGGGAUAACCAGCCUCAUAUAACCAACAUGCUUAAGUCUAAUUAAUGCAUGAAGGGGUUAAUACCCCAUAGUAAGUGGUCCUGCCAGGCUUAGCCUAGGUCACUUCUCCUCACCUUGGGAGGAAAUAGGUAAUCAAACCUAUUGUUCACACACACCCUGAACUUGAGAAGGUCAGUGUGUGAAGAGGUUUGAGCUGGUUACUUCAACUGAACUGCAAGCCAAUGAUUUAGGAUCUUGCACCACUUGGUAAGUAAGCUAUGUUUUAUUUCCUGUGCAAAUUUCCGAAGCACAUGAAUCUGACCUUUGGGGAGUUUGUAAGUAAACAAUUUUUAAACUUACCAAACAUGUGGUGUUUUCCUAUGCUGUGGGAUGAAGGGAGCUUUGGAAAGAUACUUUUAAAGGGGUCAUUUUGGAGGAACAUAUUUUAAAGGUUUUACAGCCUAUAUUUCCAUGCUUUACUUUGCUGCAUGUUUUGUGAUUUCAAAUCUCUGCUGGAGUUCUCUCACCAAACCACACUUGCCUCCAGGAUUUUUCCUUUCUGUAUCUUUUUCCGCCCACCAACAUAUUCUGCAUUGUCUCGUUCCUUAAUGCUGGUAUUUUCCUUGCCAUUUCAGCUCUACCAUUUCUUAAAAGAAAUCCAGUGUUUGAAUACUUCCAUGGGCAGACCGUGUUUGGAUGAGAAUUGGGAGCUGCCACCUGACUUCGAUAUUGUGAACUGGCUGAUGUUUCCCAAUAACUCUCGUACUAGAGUGAAAAUUGGGAAUAUAAGGGGAGCGGCAUCAACCAACAUGAAGUUCACCAUUGACUCAAAAGACAUUGAGUGGCCCAACCAAUUUAAGAAG